UGCAUCGAACAGAAACAUUGGGUACUAUCAAAGUACAGUUCAGGGAUUGGAUAUUGAGAGAAUCAUCUAGCCAGUUCUCGACGGAUUCAGCUCCAGCAGUUGCAAGGACAAUUGAUUGUUGGUUUCGAACAAAGCCAACUAACUGCCCGCAAUGCCUCUUUCCAAAUUACAGGGAGCGACACUCCCCGCCUCCGCUGAUUUCCAUGUUCAUCUUCGCGAUGGCGAGAUGAUGGAAUUGGUUACUCCCACCAUCAGACAAGGUGGUGUGAACACGGUCUACGUUAUGCCAAAUCUCGUGCCUCCGGUGACUACAGUCGACCGUGCCCUCGAGUAUAAGAAGCGUUUACUCGCCAUUGAGCCAAAUGUAAACUUCCUCAUGUCUCUUUACCUCCAUGAGUCAAUUACACCUGAAACCAUCAUCGAAGCCAAGAAACGGGGUGUCACUGGCGUCAAGAGUUACCCAGCAGGUGUAACUACCAACUCCUCCGCCGGUGUAGUGGAUUAUGUCCAAUUCUAUCCCGUCUUUGCGGAGAUGGAGCGCCAGGGCCUGAUCCUUAACCUCCACGGUGAGGUUCCUUCUAAAGGCGAUGUGACGGUCCUCUCGGCAGAGGAGCGUUUCCUUCCCACCCUCCUUGACCUGCACGCAAAGUUCCCCAAGCUUCGAAUUAUCCUUGAACACUGCACAACCGCAGCAGCAGUUGAAGCUGUCAAGAAGUGCGGUCCUACCGUUGCAGGAACGAUAACCGCCCACCAUCUAUCAAUCAUCAUUGAUUCGUGGGCAGGAGACCCACACUGCUUCUGCAAGCCUGUCGCAAAAACCCCUGCUGAUCGCGAUGCCCUUUUGCGCGCAGCGGCAUCUGGAAACUCCAAGUUCUUCUUUGGUUCCGAUAGUGCACCUCACCCAUCCAUUUCCAAGCGAGGAGGGGACAAGAUCGCUGCCGGUGUAUUCACCCAGCCUUACACGACCCAGCUCGUGAUUGAUGCUUUCGAGCAGGCUUGUCAAAACGGUGUUUUGAAGGAGGAAGACAUCACUCCGGAGAUACUCGAGGGCUUUAUGAGCAAGUAUGGUCGUGCAUUUUAUGGCCUCGAGAGCGAGCAGAAAGAGUUCAUCACCCUCGAGCAGAAAGAAGAGAAGAUUAUUGAUAUCCUCAAGUCAGACAAAGUGGAUGUGGUUCCAUUUAGAAGGAACCAGCAGACAUGGAGCGUAUCCUGGUCUGCAUAAUUCAGGAAAAUUCUGAUGGUGUCCGGCAGCAAAGUCGUACUUAGAAUUGCUUUGCAAAGGAGAAGAUUCUUGAAAGAAAAAUGCUCAAUCUUCCC